GGAACAAGCUCCCAUUUUAGGGUCGGGUUUAAGUAAAGGUUGAGUUUUUAACCACACUCAGCCUUUCUUCCAUAUCAGCUCCAGAGACUUCAUCACUCACAACUUAAGAUUGUUGGUUUUUUGGGGUUAAAUCCUCCUGUGUGAGCCAGAGGAGGCUGUCAGGAUGGCGAAUUUCAAGGGUCACGCACUCCCAGGCAGCUUCUUCCUGCUCUUUGGGCUCUGGUGGUCGGUGAAAUACCCUCUGAGGUACCUCAGCCAGGGAGCCAACAAGAAAUCCCCCAGGAGUUCCAGUUUCCAGCGCGUGGAUGCCGUGGAAGGGGGAAUGAAAAUUGUCUUUGCUCUCAUAGGGAUGCUGGCAGAGCAGUUCGUGCCGGACGGGCCGCACCUGUACCUGUACAGCGGGGCCGGCCGGGACUGGGUGAAGCUGAUGAACUGGCAGCACACCACCAUGUACCUGUUCUACGGCAUCUCCGGCGUGGUGGACGUCCUCACCUUCGUCUCCCAGGCCGUGCCAAGGGGCCUGGAUCGCCUCAUGCUGUCCGUGGCCGUGUUUGUCGAAGGUUUUCUCUUCUAUUACCACGUCCUCCACCGGCCCGCGCUGGAUCAGCACAUCCACUCCCUGCUGCUCAUCACCAUCUUUGCUGGGGCCGCCAGCAUCCUGCUGGAGGUCUUCCUCAGGGACAACAUCGUCCUGGAGAUGUUCAGAGCUGGCAUCACCAUCGUCCAGGGAACGUGGUUCUGGCAGAUCGGAAUCGUGCUCUUCCAGCCCUGGGGGGGUCCAAUGUGGGAUGAGGAGAACCAUGACAACAUCAUGUUCCUCACCAUGUGCUUCUUCUGGCACUGGGCAGCUGCUGUGGCCAUCCUGGCUAUCAACUACACCCUCACUUGCUGGUGCCUCCAGAGGUUCAGCAGAUGCAGUGGAGAGCCCUACAUCAGCCUGGGGGUCCGGCAGCAGAAGGGUGACCCCAACUCCCAGGCCACCUUCCUGAGCGGCUCCGAUGAGGAGUGAAGAGGCUGCAAACUCCUUCUGCAAACACAUGAACAACCUGUUUUCUGGAAGAAAAAAAGAAUCCUAAUGAAAUAUUUAUGUUUUGGAGGAGUGAGAGGAGCCACUGUUGUGCUGUGGGGCAGCAGGUUGAGCCCCUGGGGGCAGGAGCCCAGAUAUUGCUGGCUGGGGGCCGAGCACCAUUUGAUGUGAUUUUCAACAGCAAAAAUGAGGCAUGGAAAUUCCACAUGACAAGACUGCUUCAUCCCACGGGUUACCAGGUGUGUUUCCAUAGGGAUGGAGGGCAUCCUUUGGCCAGCUGACUUUUCCAAGAGCCUGGAGGCUUUGACCUGUUGUGAUUGAAGCCCAGGAAACCUUCAGGCUGAGGUCAGGUACCUCUGGAGCAAGGCACCACCCCGAGGAGGACGAGGAAAAGAGCGUGGAAUGUGAGGUUUUGGCAAUUUUUGCACCAGCAGGGCUUGACUGUACACGAUAUGAAUGUUAUCACUGAAGCUUUGAACUAAAGAGGGGUUUUGUUAAUCGUUUUCGUGAUCACUUAAAGGCUGAGAGAGUGAAUAAACGGGAAAUAAAAAAUCCUCACUGAGCUGAUAUCCUUAAAUUUAAGACUGAUAAAUUAUAGAGUGUGUAAUAAUAGCUUAGACAAAUCCAUGCCUCAGACCUGCAAAGCCUGGAGGACUGUAACACACACGGUUGAGCAGCAGGGAGCCAUGGAACGUCCCAGUUUUCCAUUGAAAGUAAACCCCCUCAGCCCAGAAAGGAGAGGAAACAGGCACAGGGUUUGUUUUUAGGCUGCCUUUGCCAGCUAAUUUCUUGCAAAAAAAGUGACUGGAAAUGUCACCUCCUAUUCAGGAGGAAAAUACGCCCGUAGCGAGUAUGGGGAUUAAACCCAGUAAAUACAAUAAAUAUAUUAAUAAAUA